AUGACAUCCAACCAAUCGCGCACACUUGUCAUACUCGGAAAGACCAAUGCUACCGUAGGGCAUGAUAUGCAAUCAUGUACUGUGCAUAUUCAGGAAGUACAAAUUACGGACCCCGAAAUAACGGGUAUCGUUGCUAUACCCAAUCCAUCCUUGCUUAUCAUCGAUACGCCUGGUUUUGAUGACACCAAAAAGGACGACGUGGUAAUUCUCACCAGGAUUGCGAAAUGGCUCAAAAAAUCGCACGGUAUACACUCUUUAGUCGGCGUUAUAUAUCUUCACGACAUUUCCCUCGACCGCUUCACCGGCACAGCGAAACGAAACUUGGACAUGUUUCAAAAGCUCUGUGGAAAAAAAGCCUUCAAAAAUGUCGCAAUCGGAAUGACGAAAGGAAGUCGCGUCAACGAUUCUGGGGCAUUGCAAAGACGCACCGAAUCGCUGAAGCGCACACAGUGGAACCAUAUGAUAGCAGAAGGCGUUACAGUUUUUUCUAUUCCUGAAAAGGACUCUAGGGAGGACUCCAGGAAGGUCGUAAAACAUUUGCUGUCCAAUUACAGUCAGAGCACCGUGCUCCAGAUACAGGACGAGUUGAUCAAGAAGAAGUUACUUGUACCUAAUACCGAAGCUGGCCUAGAGCUUUCCGCUACCAUCAAGCGACUCAUUGACGCCCACAAGCAGUACACUCAAUUUAGUACUGCAUCUAACCUCGAAGAGGCUAAACGGGAAAUCGAGAGGUUAUCCAAGCAGCUGAAGGAAUUGAAAAUUCCCCUCUCCAAGCGCAUUAUGAGUUUGUAA